AUGACCCCUGCUGCUCAUCACUACCAAAGAGAAGAAAUUUCUGGUGAAAUGACAAGAGAACUCGAAGACCCCGUGUCAGUGUCUGUGAAAGGUGAGGAUGAGACGAGAGACUCCCAUGAACAUCUCCUUUUAUCUGAAGAAGUAGAAGAUAACAAUGUCACACAAGCUAAUUCAAUAAAUGCUAAUGUACCCUUAGACCUUCACAGUGGAGAUCUAUCCACCAGUACCGUUAGUCACAAGUAUCUUUUGUCCAAUCAAUCACUGAGUCAAUCACAGAAUCAGUCUAAACAAUCUGUGCAUGAAAUAAUUGACAAAGAUAAAAGACCACUUUCAGGUUCAGAAUGUGAAAAGUAUUUUAGUCAGAAAUCAAAACUUAUGGAGCGUCAAAGAAUUCACACACGGGAGAAGCCAUUUUUAUGUUCAGAAUGCGGGAAAUGUUUUGGUCUGAAAUCAAGCCUUGUGAAACAUCGAAGAAUUCACACAGGGGAGAAGCCAUUUUCAUGUUCGGAAUGUGGGAAACACUUUAGUCGGAAAUGUGGUCUUGUUGAACAUCAAAUGAUAUUUCACACAGGGGAGAAGCCAUUUUCAUGUCCGGAAUGUGGGAAAUGUUUUGGAAAGAAAUCACAUGUUGUGGAACAUCUAAGAACUCACACAGGAGAGAAGCCAUUUCCAUGUUUAGAAUGUGGGAAAUGUUUUAGCAAAAAAUCAAAUCUUGUGGAACAUUUAAGAACUCACACAGGGGAGAAGCCAUUUUUAUGUUCAGAAUGUGGGAAAUGUUUUAGUCUGAAAUCGUGUCUUGUUACUCAUCAGAGAACUCAUACAAGGGAGAAACCAUUUUCAUGUCCUGAUUGUAGGAAAUGUUUUGGUCAGAAAUCAACUCUUGUUACUCAUCAAAGAACUCACUCCAAGAAGAAGCCAUUUUCAUGUUCAGAAUGUGGGAAAUGUUUCGGCUAUUAACCGGAUCUUGUUGAACAUCAAAGAACUCACAAGGGAUAGAAACUAUUUUCAUGUUCUGAAUGUGAGAAAUGUUUUAGU